UGCCUCCAGUUGAGCGCCUGACAUCGUGCUGGGAAGAAGUGUGUGUCUUUGCCAAGCUUGCGCUGCUGUCUUGUCUCCUGCGGGCAGUGGUCAACCUGCAUUACAGGAAAUCAGAUUAUUUAUUUGCUUGCUGAAUCUUGCUGCUUUAGUUGAGCAUAACUACAAGAGGAAUCAGGACUCGUAAUAAUUACUGACGGCGCGCCGAUGUGCUGACUUUCAUCUCGACUGUCUCCUGUUCCCGCAAAGAUGCCAGUGACUGGGAGGGGGGCAGGAGGCCCCCUGGGCCCCGCACCGUCCGGCGUCAUCGCCACGCGAUACUACCAGUCGGGCCCUCCAGCCGCGCUGCUCACCGACGACGACGGGGAAGUGUUCGAAACUGUUAAAGAAGAGGAGGUGGUCCACAAGAGACGCAAGGCCACCACCACCACCAAGAACAUCGAGCGCAGGACGCAGCGCGACCUGCUGCUGGAGGACGGCCGAGUGGUGGGCGACUCUGGCCCGACCGUCACCGAGGACGUCACGGAGGACACGCAAGUCAAGGAGACCUUCGCUGACGAGAACCUGAAGCCUGAGGGUCAGACCGACGCUGUCGCGUUGCUGCCCCCCGGCGAGGGGUGGGUGGCGGUGCCAGGCAGUCUGGUCACCUCAGAGAAGGUGGAGCGCUACGUCAACAGCAGGCAGGAGCACCAGCACUCCAGGGAGACGGAGCAGCACGCCCACUACGGCGACGUCACCAACGACGAGGUUGAGCGCUACAAGGGCAACGUCGGCCGGCUGUCGCUAGCAGCGCGUGAACGGAAGGCGGCCGCGGGUAAGGAGGUCGCCCUGUCAGACCCUCGUCUGGUGAGCGAGACCAGCAGAAAGUGGGGGGUAGUCGACACCGAGGACGUCAGGGAGACCAGCAGGGUCAAGGACGGACACGUGAUCACGGAGACGCACCGCACGACACAGCAGGAGCAGUACGACCACGGCUCUGCCCCCGACAGUAGCUCCUCCAUCAGCGACGGCUCCGUGCACGAGGAAGGCCACAAGGCGCAGCACCACAUCGUCCACACCAAGGACGAGGACAUCCUCGAGUACUACGCCGUGCCCAAAGGCGGCACCCUCGCGCAGGGAGUCAAGUUAGGCGAGGGUAUGCACGUCGUGAGCGAAGACGUGCAAGAAGACCGUGAAGGUGACAAUCUCGAAACCCUCGGCGCAAGCCUCCUUCGUCACGGCCCGCCCCCUCGUGAGGACGCCCUCACUAAGAAACCCCUCGACUACGUCAAGGAGGAGAAGCAGCGUCAGGACGAGACGACACGUUGGUUAGAGCAUCACUUCGGCAGCGACUCCGGCAGAUCUCACGAAUCUGCAGAAGAAAUAGGAGGCAACCGCAUCCUGAUCACGAUGUCGCCACAUCCAGCGUCCCCCCCACCCACGCCUCCUCCAAGCCAGUUGCGGCGAUGGGGCCCAAUGGCUUCAACUCCGAACAAUGUUCGGAACGAUUCAACUCCAAAAGCUCCUUCGCCUCUGAAAACUAGCAACUUUUCUGUACCUCCUCCUCCGCCGAUGCCGCAUCAGAUCAGCGAGGCUCGUUCCCGACUCCGGUCCACUGGAAGGACCUUGGAUGAAAUUGACAGCAGCCGCGAUAUCAACGCAGGCCGAGUCAGGCAAGAGUCAUUUAACUUUUCACAAAAUUCUGGCUCUGCAGCUUUCACUCCUCCAGUGUCGCCCACUUCUCCAAAGUCCUACAAUACAACUUAUGCAAACGAUCGAUAUCAGUCCAUGGAGCCAAGCGGCCGUUAUCAACCAUCCACUGCGAAUGGUCGAUAUGAUUCGCCUCAGUCUAAUGGUGAGUAUGACCCAAGGGAGUCCAACAGCCGACACAAAUCCGCUGUGUCUAGCAGUCGUUUCCAAUCGUUUGAAUCUAAUGAUAGGUAUGAAGCACCGCCACCAAAGCCAGCAAGAAAACCAGAAGAGAGUAGAUGCAACAGAGACACAGAACGUGUUGGUAGAUCCCAGUCAUUUCACACCUCGGCUGUUGAGCGAGAUGCUCGAACCGACAACCAGGACCAAACGUGGAAAGCCAAUCGUUCCCGAUCGCCUGAACCAGCUGCUCCUCCGAGACAAACUAAAAACCGGCCGCUCGCUGGACUUUUCAGUACUUUGCAGAGCUCGUCUAAGAAGAAAGCUAAUCGAGCCGCUAAAAUUUUCGAUAGCAGUUGGAUGCACAAAAACGACAACGACAAGGAAGAAAAGUCAAAGAGUCGCAAGAGCAAGAAGUCGUUGGAUAACACUGAUGACCAACUGAAAACGACCCGACAGUAUAGGGAAAAGGAAAAUGACCGUCCCUUCAGUGCUAUGGAAACGAGCUAUCGUGAUAACGGUAAAAAUGGCUCAACCUAUUUCUCGGCAAAGAUGGCGAGUAAACUUUUGCACCCAGUUACGACCAAUGGCUUCUCUGACUCGCUUAGCACUGAAACCCCCGUGCCGCCACCCCGUACAAAGCGUCGGCCGCGUCCGCAAACUUCCUACUACUUCGGUCAGCAGCCCGAGAUUAGGGUAACCUCAAAUAAACCGAGACCCAACUCGAUUUAUGCAAAUGUCAACUACAGCCGAGAUAGUUCAAACAAACUUGAUGACGGUCACAGGGAAUCGAACAAAUUUUCUACGUACCAGAAUAGAUCAUCAUCAAACGGCAGGGUGUUUGAGAACGAUUAUAAAUAUAAUGAUUACAACAAGAGUAAUCAAUCCAGGAGUCGCAGUGAGUCCCAUCCAAAAAACAAGUACUCUGACUUUGAGAUGAACCGCAAGAAUGAGAGCUUUAAUCAUCGUAGUGAUUCUAGACUUUCCAAUGUGCGCGAUCAUUCCAAUGAUCGAUACGAUUCUGGCUAUGGUGAGCGUCAAGACAAUUAUGGUACCCAACAGUAUGAAUUUGACCGCUACGAAUACGAUACGAAUGGUCGCAAGUCAAGUGAAAGUCGCCGUCAUCCCGAGAAGUACACUCGUCGUCUGAAUGAGGAGAAGAAGUAUGCUUCUCGGAAGUCGAGUAAAGAAGAAAAAAGGGGAUCGCCCGUUCUGGAACGUCGCUACAAAACAACGAAAACCAUCACUCCUGUCUUCGUGAUGGAAAGCAAGCAGCCAAAACAAUACCGCAGCAUGGACCUUCUGAAUGACUCGGAACGAAACACAUCGCCAGACAGAAACUCUUCUUGGACACAAACCCUAGAGCCCCGAAGAAGGCCAGCAGAUGAGAGCAGAAUGAGCUCGACUUUGCCGAGAAAAGUUCAUCAAAGCACAUAUACUCUACCAUCAAAGACUUAUGUCUAUGGUCAUGGCGACGGGCACAAUGUGAAUCGAAACUUCAACGGAGGCAGCUUGCUUAACGUGACUUCGGCAGAUUAUCAACACCAACCAUCUCGGGAACUAUACAAUGGAUCUGUGAACAAAAAUGUCCUCAGAAGUCAGAGUUUGAACGUACGGCCUGUUACUAACCUUUCGAAUCUUCGCUCCCCCAACUUAAUUGCUUCUAUCGCUCGUUCGAAUUCAACUCGUCGACCUGAAACUAUGAGUACUGAAAACCUCUUGUCGCGCGAGGCUUACGAGCGGGAAGAGGCCGAACCUCCUUUCGCCCCUCGGUCUCAAGUAAACACUCAAACCGAUGAAAGAAAAUCUCGUUUUAUGGAGGGCCUUUUGAACACGGCUCCUGAAUUAUUCCAUUUCAUGCAUGGAGACGGUGAGGAUGUCGUAGACAACAAAAAGCGAACAACGUCUCCACCUCGUCUGAUGCGACCAGAUCCUUCCUCGCCUUCACCUUUGUCUCCAAAUCCUCCUAAAGUAUUUACUUUCGGCCGAGAAGGAGGGAACACGCUCAGGAGAGGCUCAUCUGGAUCUGGAAACGAUUUAAACUCAAGUACUUCAAACUUAAAUAAAACUACGUUUGGAAACAGCAGACACAGCAGUGGAUAUGACUCGGGAACUUAUUCCACUAACGGUAUCAAAGCAAGGAACAACCUCGACGGCUCGAGGCGUCAGUCUACCUUCAACAUGAAGACUGAAGGAGGUUCUUUGUUGUAUUCACCUUCGUUCCGUGAGAGGUCCCAGCAAAUGAUGCAGAAAAAGCUGCAAAUGCAAGAAGACGCCAAGAUGGCGGGUAAAAGAGCAGGUUUGUCAACUGAUCACUCGCCUAUACUCAUAAAUGUGCGGGACUGGAGCUCCCGGUAAGUUUUCGCUACCUAAAAAUUAUGGCAGUUGCUGAUUUCCAUGUAUCUGAUACAGAAAACCGGAUUUUCUUUGAAUAAAUAACCAUAAAGGCCCGAUGAAGAUGCUGCUGAUAUUGAAGCUAGUGGCAGGUGGCUGUAAAUAAGUGAUACCAGCUUCGGCUUCUCAAAUGUUCCCAACUGAGAAUUUGCCGGUUCCCCGAGAACUUGCUCGAUUAGGGUCUCCUGUGACGAUAAUUUUAUUAAAUAUUUUUUAGGAAAGAAAAGAAAGCAGAAAAUUGAAAUUUUCAAGCCAUACAGACUUUUGAUGUCAUUAUGUUUAGUUUCAAAUUAAUUCAUCUUCUGCGAUGGCGUUCAUAAUUAAAUUAAGCUUUCAUUAGCUUCACCAUACAAGUAAGGGUCACAGCCAGCAUUACAGAGGGUUCAUGCACAUAUAAAUUUCGUUCCAUGUUGUAAAAUAGCCUUACUUAAUAAUAUUAGAAAUAAACUUGUGCUGCCAUAUGCGUGAUCUUGACUCAUAAUCACCAGAAUAUUAUUGCUUCGUGCAUGUGCUUCAUUGCGAAGUCUCUCUCGAUGAAAUGAUGUACUUCAUGAAUGAAUUAUGAUGUCAUGUAUGUAAUAAAUGAUGUAUAAAUUCAGAGUUUUAUGAUGUAUUAACUAGAAAUUAUGAGGUAGCUGAUAAGUUUUCAAGAUUUGACCGAUAUUACUAAAAUUAUGUAAGAUUUCAAACUGAACAUAAUGUCAAUGCUCCUGAAAUUCAAGGACAGGAUGUCAUUUCUCGAACCCAGCGUUGCUGCACUCAACGAUAGUUUCACUAAUUCUCCCCCGUUUAGGACUGGGCAAUAUGAAUUCUCGAGGUUUCAGCAGGCAUUGAAACUUGCAUCGAUACCUUCAGUUAUUAAUGUUUCGUCCCUACAAAUUAAGUUACUCCCCUCAAUUUCAUGCUUAUCUCCCGUCAAUAACUUGUACGUGAUAUCUUCCUUGGGAAUCGAACCCCGGGCAAUAAAUUUUGCUCUUCAUCGCUCUCAGCAUUCGAAUAAAAGAUCAAUAUUAAAUCACCUAAGGUUGUGCUGAGUUAUACGUCUUCUGUUCCACGUUUUUACCAAUGUUAACCUUUACUAACCUAGAAUCUACUUGCAUCUACCAUAUAAACUCGAGCAUUUUUCUAAUAAUAACAUAAUUAAUGGUACACAAUCAAAUUCAUAAUGUGCUGCACUUUCCUCCAACAUCUUUAUGCUUUAAUAUCUUGGAGUAAACUCCUUAACUAUGAA